AUGAGAUGCGCUCUAGUUGCCUUUCGCUCGCGCGUGCGACGCCCUGCAGCGCCGGCUGCCUCGGCAGUGGCGGAGGCGCCCAAGGGCUUAGACGCGGCCCUGGCCACCAAGCGGCUCAUGUCCAUCGUGAAAGAUGUCAUCGCGGCGGAUGAUGAAAUCAGCGCAGACAGCCCUCUCAUGGAAGCUGGUAUGGACAGCUUGUCAUCAGUGCAGCUCGUCACGGAGGUGUCCAAAGAGUUCCAGAUGACGCUGUCGCCAUCUCUCGUCUUCGACUUCCCCAACGUGGCAUCCAUCGUCAACCACCUGGUGGAGGAAAGCCAGGGCUGA